AUGGCAGAAAAGCCUACCCCUCUGUCAAAGGGAGCAGCACUGUCGUACAGAUCCGUUUACUGGGCUAGUGCAUCGUGGCGCGCAGCUUCGAAGGGACAUUGGAUGCUCUGUCUUGUCACGCUCGGAACUUGUCUUUGCCCCAUCCUCACCAUAUCGAUGUCGGCACUUUUUCAACGUGGCCAAGGAGUCUUUUCCGAGGAUUUUACCAUCGACCGAGGACUUGAAUUGAGGCGGAUCCCUUUACUAUUCGAAGUUGAAGAUCGGCCAACCGCCGGUAGCUCUGAAGCGAGCAAAGGAGAUGUACUCGGCAAUCUCUUUACUGGACUAUCAACCAACUGGAUGUAUGGCGCCAUCAUUGAGCUGGUACUCAACGGAUCACAUCCUUCCUGGAGUCAAGACGGCUGGAACUUCAUCCCCCUCGAUGUAUCAAGCCUUGCUGGCAAAAGUCUGUCCCAGAAUCUUGGUAAUGGCUCUGAUUCGGCAGAUUUCGUACCGCAAACUCUCUGCUCGGUGUCAACUCCCGCUCUCAGGGCCCGCAUUGAAUGCAACCCUUACGAGGAGAUCUCCGAACCUAUGGACUGGCUUAAGGUUAUCGACUUGACAGAUUCCGACCUUUGGAACACCAGUGUCAAUCCGAAGGACAUCACCACAGCCUAUCGCUUUUCAAUGCCGUUUUAUAACACUACACUGCUUGCGGACAAUUACGACGCCGACUGUUGCACAAAUGCAACAAGCAACGACAAAGGAGAAGCUGCCUUUGGUUACUGGUCACACAUAGACAACUCGCCAUCCGAUACCCGCAUGUAUGCAAACGUAUGGCCGGAAAGCUUUGCAACAAAGUGGGUCCACGGUAACAUGUCGAGGUUCCGUUCUGGUGAAGUCAUCGACGAAUUACUUUUCACCAACGUUCCGAGUAUACAAGCUCUUCGAUGCGUGCCAACCAUCGAGACUGCCGAGGCAAACGUUACAGUCGACAUCGCCACUGGCCGAGUCAAUUCAUACACAAUACUGGGAUCACCAACCGCGGUUGAUGAUGCAUGGACCAAUGGCUUCGUACUGCAUGAGGCUCAAUUCAAUGAAUCCAUUAUGGAUGCUCCUGCAAUGGUGCAAGAGGCAAUGCGCUUGCCGCGCAAUUCCACUACCAGCUACGGCGUACUGUUCGAAGCGGCAAUACUCUCUGCAGCCGCCGUCACCGGGCUCAGCGGCUCAGUAUUCUCACGGGCUUAUUCGGAAAACUUGGCUGAUCAAACAUACAACAUGCGCGAUCCGAGCUCGGGACUAAACCUAGAUUUCAUGACUUACGCUAUGUACAGCAUGACCAAUGAAGACCCACGCGGGCUUCUAAACGCAACAGCCAUGGAAGAACUUGCCCAGAAGACCUUCUCAGUCCUGUUCCAGCAUUUUGUGAGCAGCGACGUCUCCUUGGAGACGGGGGGUUGGGCGUAUCAGCCGAUAAACGCCAGUCUUCCCGCGGAUCUGACGGUUCCGUCUGCUGGAACUUCUGUUCAGGCAAAUGCCUCGUACUGGAAUGCUCUCCAUCCAAACUCUCAGACAAACCGCACCGCUGUUGUCCGGGUUGCCACGCCGAUUGAACUUUUACAAAUGAACACGGUCGCUGUGGUCCUCAGUGUUACCGUGAUUGGUUUGCUUGUUCUGAUUACCAUCAUCAUAUCUGUUGUCCAGCGCCGAUAUUUGAAAGGGUUGAACAGGAAUAUCGAAUGCAUGGCAGACGUUCUGGUGCUCGUAUGUGGGAGUGAAAGGCUCCUGCAGUUGAUUCGGGAAAGAGGUGUUAUCGGCUUGGAGAAAGAUGGCGAGUGCAUAAUGACGAAACUUGGGUGGUUCGAAGGAGCGGAUGGCGAGUUGAGAUGGGGGAUUGAGGUUGUAGAGCCGGAUAAGGUCUGA